AGUUAAACCCCCGGUUCUGUUGGAAACUGAAGUGAAGGGCAACUCAAAGAGCUUCUUAUUUGUUCAGUAAAAUUGGAACAAAAUUGACAUUGGCUUUGUGGGCACCUUUUUUUGUUAAAAGAUAAAAAGUCCCCCCAAUUUUUUUUUGUUGCUUUUUGUAAAUAUCUGUGCAUUGUUUACGUUUUACUUUUGAAAUUGUUACAGUUGGAUUAUGCCAGAUUUAUGUCAUUUUUACGCUGAUCAGAAUGGAUCUUUAUGGGAUUAAACAGCUUUAUUUUUGUAAAUGUUCUUAUAUCUGGUGAAUCAUAGGGAGAAACACAGUACUAAAUAUGAUUGGAUGUACUAUAUGAACCUUCGGGUAGUUGGCAUUAUGGGCUUUAUGCCAUUUAAUUACACACACGUUGCGUUAAUGUGUAGCUUGUGAUCCAAUAUUUGAUGUGUGUUUAUGGGUGUAAAACAGAGGAGUCCAGCUGUGGUCCUGCAUGUCUGUAGUCACCAGUUUGGUGAUUUGCUUGCUCUAAACUUGGUCCUAAUCCUGAACUAUAGACCUGAAUCCAUGAAGUUCAAACCUGCAGGAACAUAGUUGGGAUCUGUGUGUAUGGGUUAAUUUUGAUUUUAGGUGACACAAAUUGACACAUUAGAGCCUGUUUACACCUGCUCAUUUCUUGCAUUUAGUAUAUGGAUUAUAACCACAUGCAUUUACACAUUGCCAGAUUUACAGUUAUCCAGUUUGCAAUGCAAUGAAAUGCCCCGUCACAUACAAUAUACAGAUCAUUUGCACUUGACCACCAAAUUCAUGCGUUAUUCAUUAUUUUUUGUUAUUUCAUGCAAAAUACAUCUCCUUGAAAAUCGUAAUUUUGCAUGUUUUUGGGUUUUUUUUUUCUUUACCAGCCCCACAUUUGGCAGUCAUUGACCACUUGUGUUAUGAUGUAUUAGAAAUUUAAUGUAUUAGAAAGGGCCUGUCAGAUAUUAUUUGGAGAGGCAGGUGCGGUUAUAUUUGCAUAAUAUCUAGCUUAAAUGCAUCUCAGACUUUUAAAAGUGGUUCGAGUGAUCAGAUUUUAAUCUGAUUUAAAUGCAUCUUGGGCACAUUAACACUUUCAUUUGCAUGUAGAUAAUAGCAAUUGGGAAUAUACUUCAGAUGUGUGAAAUGACUGUGUAAAUGGGCUCUUAGAUUGUUUGUUUGUCAACUGCCAUUUUUUAAAGUUGGAGAAUGUUUAUCUUUUAUCUUUUGUUUAUACUGAUAGAUUCAGCCAAUAGUUUGCAUGGGCUUUAGUUUUUUUUUUUUUUUUUUUUUUUUUUUUGCUUGAUUUGUAAGCUACUUUGUGCACUACAAAUGAUCAAGAAUGGAGAAAGGUUAAGUUGUGUACACUUUAUACUCAAGAAAUAUUAAAUACAACAAAUGCUGCAUAGAAAACACAAUUUCUUCUAAGAAGAAAGACUAAAACAUGAGUGGAAGGUAUAAUUUAGAAGCAGUUUGUAGCUUUAUGCUUUAGCCAAAGUAAGCUGGCAAACAGAAUUUGCACUACAUGGGGAGAACAUUUGUCUAUAGAGUGCAAAGACGAUUCAUCCCAUUGCAAUUAUAAUAAUGGAAAAUUUAAAUUGUGCUUUGAUCAAUAAAAAAAAAACUUAAAUUUUUGUGCAAAGCUUCCUUGUGUUGUUGUUUGUGGGACUUCCAGGGGGAGGAGGGAAUCAUUGGCUUUACAAAAGCAAGCGGCAGUGUGUUACUUUGCACAGGCUAGAAACAUUUUAAGAACAGGUUUAACAGUGCUGUAUGAGCAAGGAGAUCUGAGAGUUGUGAGUGAGCUCUUUGCAAGUGCAGUCUCCAUUGGCCUGGGUCCAUGAAGCACAGCCAGUUCAACAGGGCUCAAAAAGACUGGAAGUGUUGUAAAUAGUGUUGAAUUCCUUUGCCUCCCAUCCACAAUCUGUCGAAACAUGUACAUAUACACAGUUCCCUAUUUACAGUUUUCCAAAAAAUUGCGCUCACUUACCAAAAAUGUCUGUUUGUGUAGGUUUUUUGGUUCCUAGAUUAUAGGGUUAAAAUAUCAAAAAGUAAAAGGUGUGCAUCAUACCUGACACCUAGAUGAACACUUUCCAGUUGGGUAUAUGACUAAGUCGUUCCCUUCAAAUGUUAUCGAAGUUAAAUACGUGUUUGACAAUGUCGUAUGUAACUUUAGAGACGGUCCCUUAAUUUCCGCAUGUCUGCGAAUAUCGACCGUCAAACCAACUUUAUUCCAGUCCUUGUUAUUACUGUAAUUUGCCUGAACUACCCUUAAAAUAUACUUCAGACAGGAAGGUAUAUAAAUAUUUCAGACUUUUGACCUUGCCUCUGGAUCAAUUCUCAAAUCUAAGCAGUUCUUGUGUUGGUUAAAAUGAUAAUUCCAUAACUAAUCCUACAAACAUAUAAACACUCGUUCAUAACAUGUCGAGCUAACGAGAACCUCGAACAGACCCACGAAUGCCUCCACCGCCUAGUGUUUUUGAACUGUGCCUCGUCUCGGAGUCAUUUAGUAAUAAAAGAAGAAAAAAAGGUUGUGAAAGGUUUUUAAUGGCAGGACGUGGACGUCACUGUAGAUGGCGCGCGUGCACUUGAGGAGUCGUGCGCGACCCCGCGAGCAGCUGGAACGUGCUGCUACGUGGCUGUAUGGCGGCUCUGUGCUACAUCUAAACUCUCUGAGGACCGAGCCUGUGACUAUGAAAAGUGCAAGCACAAGUAAAGUACAUUUAGCCCUCGUUCACGGUGUAAAUCGCAGCUCUUUGCAUUUGUAUAACGUUGCAGAGCAGUGAACUUCAACCUUUUUGGAUAAAGACGUGAAAGAAAAAGACUUAAGCAAAAUGCCGAGCGAUGGAGUGAAGCAGAGGAAAGGCAAAGCAGGAGAAACUCCUGACACCUCGAAACCGUGUGGAAGAGAUGAAGUUCAGAAGGAUGGAGAUGGAAAAACUGAUCAGUGUUCUUCAGUAGAUGCCAGGACUGUAGUGAGUUUGCUGUCUCUGAGUGCAUGCUUUCUGCUGGCCUGGGCCAUCCUUCAACAGAAUGCAAGGUUUAAUGAAGUUGAGGAAAAAUACAAGCAUUUGUAUGAAAAGGCAGCUGAUCUGCUAGCACUGGAGAAGAAGUUUAUUGCAGCUUCCAGAAAGCUGGAGGACUCCGAAGACCAUCUGAAGGGGGCACUCUCCUCUCUCACCACGCUAACUGAGCUGCAACAGGAAGUCAUCUCCCUCAAUGGCAUUGUUACAGCUAUGCAAGAGGACCAACAUGCAUCAUCUCGUCGCCUCCAAAGUGUGAAUGAGCACUUCUUGAACGUGACUGAGACAUGGCAUGGUGGACUGGCCACUGUGACAGAGGACCUGACUACGCUGAGGUCCGAGUCUCGCUCAAUUCAUGGCCAUGUAACGGAGCAUGUUAACAAAGCUGAGGAGCGCCUGCGAGCUCUAAACAAACGUCUAGAGGAACUAGAAGACAGCACAAAGAGAAAUGGGCGCGUGCUGGAGCGCACAGAGGAGGAAGAUGCCAAGAGUGUUCAGAAUCAGCUAGACUGGAACACCAAGCAGGUGAGCAGGCUUCAGGAGCAACUUGUGUUGCUCUCCAAAAGAGAUGCGGAGCUUGAGGAGAAGCUGGUGGAGAUGGAGCCACAGGCCAAAGAAUGUGAAGAACAGCUACCUGUCGUAGAGGAUGCAGUCAGGUCUAUCCUGAGGUUAGGAGCUGACCUAAGCGGGGCCGAGAGGAGGCUUGAGGAACUCACGCUGCAAGUGGUGGGCACUGAGGAUAGCACACUCAAGGCACUGACUGAGAUUCUGCAGCUCCAGCAGACCCUUGAUGAUCUGCAGGUGGACAACAGCGUGAUGAAGGUGAGGAAUGAGCUUGGAGUUGUCCUGGAUGCCAUGAAGGAGCUUAAGCGUGUGCAUAGAGAACAAGAACUGGAUUCUGGAAGAGAGGAGCCUGAACAUGAUGAGGGGAAGGACAUUGAGACAUUGAAUAUCAAGCAAUUAAACGAUGAUAAUAAAGGUUUGGAGGAGAAAAGUUUUCUAGAAUCAACAGCAGGUCACAGUAUGAGUGCAGGAGCUGGGGAGAUCCUGUUGACUGAAUUAAAUGAACUGCACUGAUUUUGUUUAAAGACAACCUGUAAUAAAAACUGACAUUUUUUACUGUGUUUCUUUAUGUACCUGCCUCUUUUUUAUGGAAAUAAAGACAAAUUCCUUGUUUUGUUUAAUUGAAUUUUCCAUCAGAAUGCCCACCUCUAAAUAUAAUAUUGGUUAAUGUAUUUGGUUAGUAAUAUUACGUCAUGUUUCACCUCUCCUUUCCCCACACUCAUCCAUCAUCAAGUGAAAACACUGAUCAGUUUCACUUAAAAAAAAAAAAAAAAAAAAAAAAAAAAAAAGUCAUACUAUAGAAGAAAAAUUCAGAUUUCCAUUUUGUGUUGUCUUUAACAUUUAUGUGGUGUGGGUGAAUGCAAGCAUAAAUAUUCAUCAAACUGUAUAGCAACGAAUGCUAACAUCUAAAAAGCUUUCACGCCUUAAAUCACGUAAAUAUUGUUUGUGCAUAGGUACUUAAUAGUAAAUUACUUUAGCAAUUAUCUCCACCACUUUGGUCAAACAUUCAGCAGCAGUUACACUACAGUGGUAGAUUUCACAUAUGUAAAUCACACCAGAACCUC